AUGUCCUUGACAACCGCCUUCUUCUCCCGCCCAUCCCUGCUCUUCGGAGCCGCCAUCCUCCUCCGCCUCGCCCUCCUAUUCUACGGCCGAUGGCAAGACGCCAACAGCCCAAUGAAAUACACCGACAUCGACUACCUCGUCUUCACCGACGCCUCGCGCUUCAUCAGCCAGGGCCAAUCGCCCUACGACCGCGCAACCUACCGCUACACGCCCCUACUCGCCUGGCUUCUCUACCCAACCACACUCACGCACUCCGCCCUCGCCAUCCCGGCGAGCGUAUGGUUUGAUUUCGGAAAGGUGCUCUUCGCCGCUGGCGACAUUGUAACGGGGUGGUUGAUUUUGCGCCUUUUGGUCGAGAAGCAGGGCAUGGGCGUGGAGCGCGCGGGCAAGUUUACGAGUUUGUGGUUGUUGAAUCCCAUGGUUGCGAAUAUUAGUACGCGCGGCAGUUCGGAGGGGUUGUUGGCUGUGAUUGUUGUGGCGAUUUUGUGGGCGGUUUUGCUGGGGCGGUUGAGGUUGGCGGGGGUGUUGUUGGGGUUGGGGGUGCAUUUUAAGAUUUAUCCUUUUAUUUAUGCGGCGAGUGUGUGGUGGUGGUUGGGGGAUGGGGCAAAGAGGGUUCGGAUUGGAAAGAAGGGGUUGGUGGAGUGGGUUGGCGCGGUUCUGACGAAGGAGAGGAGGGCGUUGGCGCUGGACAGUUUGGUGACGUUUAUGGUGUUGAACAGUGUCAUGUUCUACUUCUACGGCGUGCCCUUCUUCGAGCACAGCUACAGAUACCAUCUGACCCGCAUCGACCACCGACACAACUUUUCCGUCUACAACACCGUCCUCUACCUCAACAGCGCCAAGGCGGCCAACUCGGGAUUCCAGAUCGAAUCGCUCGCCUUCAUCCCGCAGAUGUUCUUGUCCGUCUUGGUGCUCCCCUACUUCCUGGCCAAGAAAGACCUGGCGAGUACCAUGCUGGCCCAAACGUUUGCCUUUGUGACGUUCAACAAGGUCUGCACGAGCCAGUACUUUCUGUGGUACAUGGUCUUCCUGCCGUUCUACCUUCCCUCGUCCUCCCUACUUCGCAAGCCCCGGCUCGGCGUUUUCGCUCUCGUGCUGUGGAGUCUCGGCCAAGCGAUCUGGUUGCAGCAAGGAUACCAGCUGGAGUUCCUUGGAAGGUCCACGUUCGUGCCCGGGUUAUGGCUGGCGAGCAUCUUCUUUUUCGCCGUCAAUUGCUGGAUCCUCGGAAUCAUCGUGAGCGAUGUAGCGUCGCUUCCAAGUCCGCCAGCUGGCAAGAAGAUAGAAUGA